AUGAGUUGUGUCACCAAGAAUAUUGCGAACUACUCCGUCGGUAACCCUGUCAAUAAUAAAUACAACAAAACCAUGGAGACAGACAUGCAAAUUAGUGAAACCGAUCAAAGUUUCGAGUUACCUACCACUCCGAUAACCAAUAGCGUGAAUGGCAGUGUUGUCUGGCACGAUGGCCAUGACCCUGGCACACCAAAUACCAGUAUGGGGAGUACUGAUGAGCCGGGGCCGAGUUUUCAUGAUACUAAUAUCACCAUUUUGUGCUCUUCAGACUCUCAUAUUCUGUCAAGUGACGUGAUUGAGGCUCCGGCUCUAUAUAUCGAGUCGCUUCCGGGCAAGAAGAUACGCGACAAACUAGCAGACUCUUUGAAUGUCUGGCUUGGUAUUGAAGCCGGUGGUCUCUAUCAAAUCAAGCACAUAAUAGGCCUCUUGCACAAUGCUUCCCUCAUACUAGACGACGUGGAGGAUGGCUCAGCUGUCCGACGAGGAAGGCCAUCAGCACACAUGGUCUUCGGAACACCCCAGGCGAUCAAUUCGGCCGGAUAUCAAAUCAACUUGGCAACUAAAGAGAUUCUUAAGCUCGGAGACAUCCAAUGCAUCAAGUCAUUCAGUGAGGAAAUGGAAAAGCUCUACGUCGGUCAAGGCCACGACCUAUUCUGGACAUUCAAUACGCAUCGUCCAACUGUCAAUGAGUAUAUUAGCAUGGUUGAUAAUAAAACAGGCGCACUUUUCAAGAUGCUCGUCAGUCUCAUGGAAACCAAGUCCCACGCUACAUCAUCUUCAACUUGGGACUUGAAGCUUCUUGUGACGCUCUUGGGCAGAUAUUUUCAGAUACGGGACGACUACAUGAAUCUAACAUCGAAGGAAUACACCGACCAAAAGGGAUUUUGCGAUGAUUUAGACGAAGGAAAAUUCAGUCUGCCACUCAUUUACGCAUACCAAAAUGCGUCAGAUGUAGACAGUUCCAUUCUAAAUCAUGUCCUUUUGCAACGCCACAAGUCCGAUGCAAUGUCAUUAACGCAGAAGCACUUGAUGCUCGAUAUCAUCAAGAAAACCGGGAGCUUGAGAUAUACUGCGACAUUGCUCCGCAGACUGAUUGGGGAGAUAGAUAAGGUAGUAGGGAGAAUUGAGGUCACGACUGGUAAGGAAAACGACCCACUUCGUUCUUUGUUGAGGAAGCUGGAGGUGCCAGAUGAAUGA